AAGACAAGCAACCAUCGGUUCAAUCUGGCGGUCAAUUCAUACCAACCUCUAAUGCUCCAAAACGAGAAGAAGAUUCCUUGAUGACAAGAAAGAAUAUUUGUACGAAAAGAAUGAUUACACCGAUCAAAAACGAUCAAUCGAUGAACUUGAGCUUGAAGGAAUAGUUGACGAAGACCCUGAUUUUUUCAGAACACCAAAUAUUCGUCUAUUCUCGUCAUCAAAAACGCAAGAAAUAAGACCUCGAUUUGAACCGAUUCGCAUUAGUGACGCUGAACUUAUGAAAAAUGUUGCUUUACCAUCAAUAUUAAACCGUGAAUCAUGUUUUCUCUAUAUAAAUCCAUCCGAUCCUAGGAACGCUCCGUAUCAUCCAUUGCCAGUUAUAUUGAGUUUAGUGAAAUUAUCUAAAAAGGUCAUAAAGAUGGUCUAUUAUUUAAUGACAGAUGAAAGCACAAUUGCCGUCAUUUACAACUAUUUGAAAAAAGGGUCGGAUAUUGAACUUCAGCUCGUCAUCAACGAAACCGUCUACGAGAGAAAAGAACCAGUACAUGAUCUAUGUGAGCUCCCGAAUGUUAAAUUAACGGUUUUACGUGGUCGAGACGAACAUGGUAUUAUGCACAACAAAAUACUUAUCGUUGAUGAUGUGUUUAUGGUGUCUGGAUCAAACAAUCUAACACACUAUGCAAAAUAUCACAAUUUUGAAUCUUGUAUUUAUACAAGAGAUCAAACAUUGUUAAAAAGUGUUGUUGAUUAUUUUAAAAAUUUAUUUCUGGAAAAGAAACUGUGGGUAGUUCGAGAUCAUAAAAAAGUAGAAUGA